GCAGAGCUCUGCUGAUCGCGUCAACCAAUAAAGCAAGAGCAACAAAGUGAAAGGACGUUUACUCUGACGAGACGCCGCGCGCAUCGGGAACGGGUAAAGAACAUUUAGAAGACUAGUAGCCCAUUUUUUCAGCAAAAAGAAGAAUUGAGAAGAGAGAAAAAUGCUGCAGGGAAUUGAUCGGUUCAAACCAUCUCAAGGUGAAAUCAUUCAAGCAAAAAACUACUUCAUAAUUGAGGCGGGCAAGACAUUCGGUCUGCGGACAGAGAUUAUAACUCAUCUCCAAAAGCAAAGGCCUCUUGUGAAGGAGGUGCACGGUGUGGAAGACUGUGAUGUGAUUCUGGUUUUCUGCCCCAUUGUUUCACGGGCUGGAACCGACAUUGAUGCUGCUUUGAAUGAGCUUAAUGCAUAUUCAGAAUUCAAACCAGCUAUUUUCAUGGUGUUACAUUACACAUUUGACCAUGAUAAAGUUAUACCAGACAGCAGCAGAUAUAUAAACAGGACAAACACAUUCACAGUGGACUGUCUGUUCAGUGAAGAGGGUUUGUUGACAUGCGACAGGAAUGAGAAGGCACUGACCAACAUUGUUCAAUAUUUUAAACAUCAGGGACAUUCUGAGUUCCUCCAAAUGAAUAAAUGGUGCAUCUCCCUUCUAUACAUGCUGUGUACAUUUACGUUUGGAUUGUGCUUUUGGUUAUUUGGCAAACUGGCAAGCGUAUGGAACUACUUUACAAAAGAAAAACGUGAAUCCAGUACAAAUAAUAAAAGAAGCACACAUAAAGAUACAGAUGAAGAAAAAAAUAUCUAGAAAGUAACAAUGAAAACCUGAAGCAUGCUGUUGAAAAUAUGAUCCAGUUUAAAUAAAUCAGCUGAGAAAGAAGUUAAAUGACGCAUGGAGAUUGCAGUUUAUUUUACAACAACACUAUAAACUGUAAUAGAAUGUGUCAAGUUCUUGAAUAGAUGCAGAUAGUGCUUUAAAUCCUCAAUGAACGUUAUUAUGGCGACCUUAGAUUGAGAAGUUCAGUGAUGACUGUAUCACAGAUGCAUUUCUCCUAUUGUGCUCUUGAUACAUCAAUAUAUGACGCUGGUCCUUGUAGAAUCACUCGUGAACAUGGAUAUGUUAAUUGCAAAAUAAAGCAACACAAAAUAAA